AUGCUUUUCCUUCGACAAGAGCAUGCCAAAACUCUCAAGGGUCUGCAUGAAGAGAUCAAAGUCUUGCAAAAGAGAUGCACAGAUCUGACUUUUAAACUCACAAUGCAAGGCCUGCAUACUGAAGAUACAACUGAACUCGAAGCAAAAGUAAAAAAAUUGGAGACUGAAUUGGAAGCAGCCAAGUCAAAUGAAACUCAUCUUUUGGAAGUGCUUACCAAAGAACGGAACAAAAUCAAAGAAUUGGAGAUUCAGCUCAAGUAUCAAGCAAUCAAACAUAAUCAGGAGCUGGCCUCUAAAGAGAAGGAAUUAAAUAGCCUUCGUGCUGAUCUGGACUACAAGGCUGACUACAUUGGCCAUCUCUCUACAGAGCUGCACAAGGCAAAAAUCCAGCAGAAGCUUGAAGAAAACCUCAAUAUGAAAUCCAAAGAGAAUGUGUUCCAUGUGGUCCCAGUGCCACCAAAAAAUGCACCGGGAUCGGCUGGUGGGGGUGGUCGCCAUUCACGACGCAGCCACAUGCAGAAGAGCCGCUCAGAUGAAGUGGAACUCAGUGAGGCAUGGCACUCUUCAUCCCCGUCUUCAGGCCGGUCAAGUGCUACCUUGCGAAACCACGGGUCACGUCUGAACAGCCCCCACCAACCGGGGAUGACGCAGACCAACUCCUCCUCCUCACAGGAGCUGUCUGAGCUGUCACCUUCUUCGUCAUCGCCGCCGCAGUUCCUGAACCGUGACCACCACCACCAUCACCACCACCACCACCACCAUCACCGUCAUAUGGGCAGUGCUGGUGGAAACAACAACAAUAACAACAACAGCAGCAGCAGCAGCCAUAAUGGAAAUAACAACAACAACAAUAAUAACAACAACAACAACAUGUGCUCAAAUAUGAGCCCUUCGUCUUCACUGUUGAUCAAAUCGAAGCCCGCACCUCGCCUUCUACCCCCAAUCAGGCAAAAUGGUGGGCAAAUUCAGUCUCAGAAUCUUCGUCAUGUCUAUGUGAAAAAUGUUGUGAGACCGCAUUGCUUCAGGGCCCAGUCAUGUGAAUGUAAUGCUCCUCAAGUAGAGACUUUGGCUGUUGAUCCAAUUGGAAGGCUGGAUAGCAGUUGGAGAAAUGCACAUCACCCCAAGAGCACAGAAUAUAAGUAA